AGAGGUCGUUGAUACCAUAUCGAUAGAGAACAGAGUACACAACAGCGACCAAUUACCCGAGCUUUGAAUACCCUUAUUAAUUUCAAAAUCCCAGCUCUUCUAUUUUUGCAUAAAUGAGCACGGCGACAGACGAGCUGGCGAAGUUCCGGAGUGAAUGGGAGAAGGAAGUGCUGGAGCGGAAACGUACCGCGCGAAGCAGUGCCCACGCUGGGUCGGCAAAGGGGAAAGGUACAGGGUCUGAGGUGCAGGCUGAGGGGAGUGCUUUGCAGACCAGCGCGCAGACGACGGCUUCUGGUGUCUCUGGAUCGCAUGAGAGCCCGGAGAGCUUGAAAGUGCAGGAACCGAAUGCUUUGGAGGAGGACACACGCGGUGCUGAAUCUGAAGAGGAUGAGGAUGUGGAGAUAGAGGUGGAAGCAGAGGAGGAAGAGGAAGACGAGGAGGAUGCGCUCCUGGAGGAAGAGCUGGAGUCGUCAACUGAGGAAUUGGUACAGAAUAUGACGGACCUGAAUCUGGAGCUAGAGCUACAGGCCGCCGCAGCUCCGUCAGCUGCAGCCGCGAGAAACGCAGAUACUUUGUCGUCGUCUACAGUAGCAGCAUCAGCAGAUACUGAAGAACACUCUCUAGGUACUGCCGAUCAGGAGCCUAACCAGAAGGAGUCAGGGAAAGAAUCGCCAGCGGCAGAGCUUCCGAUGGACUAUGCAGAUCUGUCGGAGAAUCUGCUGGCGGCAGAGGCGGGCGGUAACUUAGAGGUCAGUCGGGCACAGAGGGCGCUGUUGGUCUACGAGCUCGCGGUUGAGAAGGAGAGGGUGGGGAAUCUUUCGGAUGCAUUGCGAUUCUAUAGACAAGCAUUUAGACUUGAUGAGACAGUGGACAAGCUAUACAAAAACAAGCAUUUUCCCGCAAGUUCGUUCAAGCGAGCUCCAUCGCCGUCAAGGAAAGCAGCGACUUCAUCACUUCCGACGGACAAGACGACGUCUAUACUGUCAGAGUACUCGAAUCUGGAGGCAAUGCCGGAGGACGAGGACGUGCCGUCGCCGUUUAUUAACAUGCCGAACGAGGUGACGUCUGCGAUUCUACGCACGCUUGCACUGAGCGACCUGUCGUCGUUUACAAAGGCGACGUAUACGUGCCGCAAGCUUGCGUUUCUGGGGUACAGCGACGUGCCGCUGUGGAAGGCUCUCUGCAUGAGAGAGUAUCCGCGGAUGAACUACGAGGAGGAGGUGGAUGAGUACGAAGCAGUGGCUCUGUGGAACCAUGACUGGCGCCGGAUGUUUUUGGAACGGCCACGGGUACAGUUUAAUGGUAUUUACAUCAGCACGUGCAAUUAUCACCGGUAUGGUCAUUCAGAUUCGUGGAACGCACCGAUUCAUAUUAUAACAUAUUACCGAUACCUUCGGUUUUACGACGACGGAACAUGCAUUACUCAUCUCACGUCCCGGGAGCCUAUCGAGGUUGUCUCUGAAUUUCACCGCCAUCUGAUGCGGCGGGGAAUGUACCGGGGUACGUGGGUGAUGUCGAUGGACGGACGUAUACGGAUCGAGUCGCAGGCCCCGGUUGCCAAGUAUCUGUUCUUACAGGAGCUUGAAAUCAAGUCUUCGGGCCGGGGACGGCAUAACCGCGUCAACUGGGUCAGUUUUUCGAGUUUUAAUCGGCUGACUGAAGAGCGAAUGGAAUUCUCGCUGCAACAUGACAAGCCGUUUUACUUCUCGAGAGUGCUGUCGUAUGACAGGCCGCCCAAGAACUUUGCAGAGGUGGCUACCCCGAGCGCAGUUCCUGUUGGCGGCAGCGGCGUCAUUGCGGGCGGCGCGGUAGGGGUGCAAGCAGCCAGUGUGAGGGGGUGAAGGAAGCAUGACUGGAUGAGGUAGGAAAGAGCAGAUAUGACAUGCUUGAAGAUUCGACAGGCAUUUGGGUCUAGAUUAGGAAGAAGCAGAAUCAUGCAAAGUAAAUAAACGUAUUCCGCAAGCAUAUCGAUAUGAUGUACGCAUGGCCGAAUGGAGAAGACGGAGGUGGCUGGAGCGUGGAGCGUAUGGACCUGCGAGUCCAAGAAAAGCAAGAAGGCGGGGAAGGUUCGGAAAGGGUCG